UGCCUGUUUUGCAUAAUGCAGUUUCUUUGUUGGCUUUGAACCUCCAUUUGCUAUUUCUUCAUUUGAGGUUUCUCUGACUGAGAUGUUCAAUGUGAAUUGAAUAAAUAUUCAUUUGUUGUAGUGUGAAACUAUCGGGUUAAAAAUAGUCAUUCAUUUCGGGAACUCUGAUCUUUUUCAACUGGAAAUUCACGGACAACUAUACACGAAAUGUUCUCUCCGCAGCCCGAAAAAAUGUCGGGGAAGAGUUUUCGAGUGAGUGACGGCGACUGGAUUUGCCCAGAUAAAAAAUGUGGUAAUGUGAACUUUGCAAGACGAACGAGCUGCAACAGAUGUGGAAGGGAAAAAACUACAGAGGCGAAAAUGAUGAAAGCGGGAGGGACCGAAAUUGGAAAGACACUUGCGGAGAAGAGCCGUGGCCUUUUCAGUGCCAAUGAUUGGCAGUGUAAAACCUGUGGCAAUGUGAACUGGGCCAGACGUUCUGAGUGUAAUAUGUGCAACACACCGAAAUAUGCCAAGCUGGAGGAGAGGACUGGCUAUGGGGGAGGUUUUAAUGAGCGAGAAAACGUGGAGUACAUUGAGCGAGAGGAAUCGGAUGGGGAGUACGACGAGUUUGGUCGUAAAAAGAAAAAAAUACGCAAAACUUCAUCAAGCAACUCCAAAGAAAGUGAGAAAAAACCACCAGAGCCGAAACCCCAUGUGGAGGAGGAGGAUGAGGAGGAUGAUGAAGAAGAAGGAGACCUUUCCAAAUACAAGCUUGAUGAUGAUGAUGACGACGAUGAGGCUGAUCUGUCCAAGUACGACCUCGACGCCAGUGACGAGGAGAAGCCGGCGGGGAAGAAGGGCAGUCCCUCGGGGUCCUCACGCUCACGGUCCUCCUCACGUUCGUCCAGCUCCAGCGCUCGGUCCAGGUCCAGGUCCCAGUCCAGGAGUUCGUCCAGCUCUGGCUCUCAGUCCCGCUCGAGCUCCCGGGGCGGAGGACGCCCUCGCAGGUCUAACUCCAGAUCCAGCUCCAGGUCACCAAAGGGGUCUUCGUCCUCGAGGAAGAGGUCUCGCUCUCGAUCCGCAUCCUCCUCGCCAGAAAGAGGAAGGAAAAGAAGUCGUUCCAGGUCAUCGUCCGGGAACAGGAAAAAAAGGCGCUCUAGAUCGCAGUCGUCUGAAAGAAAUCGUGGCCUGUCGUCCGGAUCCUCCCAUUCUGGUUCAAGUUCAAAAAAGAAAUGAUUCGGAAAGCAAACAGUAUCAUAGGGAUCUCAUACAUGCAUGCUGAUUAAAACAGAAUAAAAAUAAAAAAAAAUAAAAAAAAAAGCGCUGUUAAAAGCAUCAGAUUACAGAACUAUUCUCAGUCAAAGUAAAAGUCAAUAGCUUUUUAUUAAUUGUUUUGUGAUCAUACCGUCUGCCUACCCAUGAACAAUGGCUUCCCAUAAGCAAUGAAACUUUCAUGAAGUUAAAGCUUAGGGACUCAUAGUGUUUCAAGCUGGUUCAGCUCAUGACCUGCCUCUGUAGCUGGAGGCAAGUCCAAACCUAAAAUGACCCAUCCUAGCGUUGGCAGUAAUAACUACAUCAGUUACCUUAACUUAUUAUAUGGCAAACAGCUGAAAUUAGAUUUUUGAUUGGAUGUGUAUUUUUAGAGCUGAGUUCUAGUGGCAGGAACUUGGGUUUGUGUUUAAUCUGGAAUGUCCUUAUACGAAAUCACAUCAGUGUUCAUGCCAGGCCAAAUCUGUUAAACUGUCAACUCCAUGUAUAUGAACAUAGUGCAUACCAAGAGGCUGUAGUUUUACUGUCCAUCUGUAUAUUUGAGGUUUUAAGGUAAGUAUUUUUUUUCUUUAUUUUUUGUCCCUCAAUAUCUCCUUUGGUGAAAUGAAAUUCUGCUGUGAAUGUUGUUGGGUUUUUUCUUUUUCUUUCUCACCUCAUGUUUUGUGGAGUAAUUCCUCUAGACAGUCUUGAAUUCCAAAACUGCUGUGUGGUCAUUAAACCGUAAGCCUACAUAUCAUUUCUGUAGGUCGGGUCACCAGACUAUUAAAUUAAUUUUUGUAACUCCCAAGUUUUAAGACUUUUCUUGGAAGCAUCCUUAGUCUCAUUUUACAGUACGUAAUGUAUAGAGUAACAAUUUGUCAUGUCUAGACAUAUCUUUCUUUUUUUUUUUUCUUGAGAGAUGACGGGAAAAGUAGAAUGUGAGAAAUGUUCUGUUUGAUUCUAAAAGCAGCGUUGUUAUGUGAAUAAAAUCUUGUUAAUCACA